AUGGAUCACCUCGAGCCCUCGAUCUCCCGCACCCGCAUCAGCUCCAUCCUUGACGCGGGGGACGCCCGCGUGGGCGAGCAUGUGGUAGUCGGCGGCUGGGUCGUCGAAGGCCGCGAGCAGGGCCGCGGUGCGUUCGCUUUCUUCAAGGUAAGCGACGGCUCCUGCCCCGCCGCCCUCCAGGCCGUGGUGGAGGCCGGGGUACUGCGCGGCGCACCGCUCGCGCGCCUCACGCCCAUGGGGACCUCCCUGCUCCUCGAGGGGAAGCUCAAGAAGCCCCUCCGGAACUCCAAGGAGCGCGUCGAGCUCCAUGUCGAUAGGGUAAUCGAGGUCAGGGAGGUGGACGACGCGUACCCGCUGCACAAGAGCAUGACAAAGCCUGAGAAUUUCAGGGACUUGGUACACCUCCGUGCACGCACCAACACGAUAAGCACCGUUGCUCGGAUAAGACAUUACUUGGCCUAUUUGACGCACGAGUAUUUUCACAAGAGCGGUUUCUUUUAUGUCCAUACACCCAUAAUAACCACAAGUGAUUGUGAGGGUGCUGGUGAGAUGUUUCAGAUCACAACUCUGUUCAGCCAGGGUGAUGGAACUAUUCCACGCAAGGGUGAUGGAAAAUUUGCUUUUGAGAAUGACUUCUUCAAGCGUCAAGCUUUCUUGACUGUGUCAGGCCAACUUCAGGAUGUUAUGAACUAUGCGGAGAGCUACAUACAAUACCUAUGCAAGGGGUUACUUGAGUAUUGUGAAAAAGAACUGGAAUUCAUGGAUAAGAAAUGUGCUGAAAAUGGUACAACUACAACUGAGCGUCUGAGGCUUGUUUCUUCAACGCCUUUUGAACGCAUUUCAUAUACAGAGGCUGUGAAUAUCUUAAAAGAUGCCAAAGAAGGGACGUUCGAGAACGCUAUUGAAUGGGGCAAUGAUCUAGCAUCUGAGCAUGAAAGGUAUUUGACUGAGACGGUAUUUGUGAAGCCCGUUAUUGUUUAUAACUACCCCAAAGAAAUAAAGUCAUUCUAUAUGAGGCUUAAUGAUGACCAGAAGACUGUCGCUGCUAUGGACGUUCAAUAA